GCGUUGUGGUGACGUCAUCAGCGUCGCCCUGACUGAAUCCAGUCGCGGAAGGGCGACUGGUGACUAGUGUUUCGCUGAGGGGUGGUAUACUGCCGGCGGCAUGUUACCGGCUGUGAAAACUGUAGAUGCGGAAGAGGAGUACGCGGAGGACUGUCCCGAGUUGGUCCCCAUUGAGACCAACAACCAAGGAGAAGAGGAAAGUCUUGACUUCAUCAUUAAGAUCCCAGUCACUAUUAUCACCGGGUAUUUAGGGGCUGGAAAGACAACACUUCUGAACUACAUUUUGACAGAACAACAUAAUAGAAAAAUAGCUGUUAUUUUAAAUGAAUUUGGAGAAGGGAGUGCAAUAGAGAAAUCCUUAGCUAUCAGUCAAGGUGGAGAACUCUAUGAAGAGUGGCUGGAACUUAGAAACGGUUGCCUCUGCUGUUCAGUGAAGGACAAUGGCCUUAGAGCUAUCGAGAAUCUGAUGCAGAAGAAGGGCAAGUUUGACUACAUACUCUUAGAGACCACUGGGUUAGCAGAUCCUGGUGCAGUGGCUUCUAUGUUUUGGGUUGAUGCUGAGUUAGGGAGUGAUAUUUAUCUUGAUGGUAUCAUAACUGUUGUAGAUUCAAAAUAUGGAUUAAAACAUUUAACUGAAGAAAAACCUGAUGGCCUUGUCAAUGAAGCUGCUAGACAAGUUGCUUUGGCAGACAUGAUUCUCAUCAAUAAAACAGACUUGGUUUCAGAAGAGGAGCUAAACAAAUUAAGAACAACGAUCAGAUCAAUAAAUGGACUGGGGAAAGUUUUAGAAACUCAAAGAUCAAGAGUUCAUCUCUCAAAUAUAUUAGAUAUUCAUGCCUAUGAUACUCUCUCUGGAAUAAGUUUGCAGAAAAAACUACAGCAUGUGUCAACAGAACCUCACCUUGAUCAGAGUAUUGUUACAAUCACAUUUGAAGUACCAGGAAGUGCAAAGGAAGAGAAUCUAAAUGUAUUUAUCCAGAAUCUCCUGUGGGAAAAGGAUGUCAAAAACAAGGACGGCUGCUGCAUGGAGGUCAUACGGCUGAAGGGGCUGGUGUCCAUCAGAGACAAACCUCAGCAGAUGAUUGUGCAAGGCAUUCAUGAGCUGUACGACCUGGAAGAGAGCCUGGUGAGCUGGAAGGAUGAUGCCGAGAGAGCAUGUCAGCUGGUCUUUAUUGGUAAGUUACAGGAAUUUCUGAAGGAAAAUACAAAAAUAAUUUGAAAGGAGAUGUAAGUGUGCUACUUAAUAAGCUUGUGUGUUUGUCUGAACCACGGAUAAUGUAAGAUUUUGCUAGGAUUUUACUCUUCAGACAACUUAGAAAAGUGGUUACUUCAAGCGCUAACUUGAUUUUAAGGUUUAACUAGAAAGUUGUAAAAGAAACCAUGCAGUUACUGUGAAUUGUGUAGAUCACUAGAGAGCACCAUGCUUUUAAUGCCUCAGAAUUGACAGGUAAGUGUUGGUCUGAUGUAUUUUGAUGCUAAUUAAUAAAAGGCCAUCACACCUGGGCAGGGCAAAUGGG